AUGGUUUAAGUCAAGUUCAUAGUCUUGUUAGUCUGUGCAUUGACACUGACCUAAGGUACAUCUUCAAUAUAUAUUUCAAGCUUUCGAAGCUGAGGGCACACUCUUGUCGAUGUCAUUAAAUGAGAUCAACAACCUCAAUUUAGGGGAUGUUAAUUGUUAAAACACAUCUUAGCAAUAGUUUGUGUAAUUGGAAUAAAAUCUCGAGUCAUGGGCCGACAUCAUCGAUCACAAGGAUGACAUUUAAAAAGAUAUCAAUACUUUAAAACAAUUAGAAGUGAUCUUGCUUUAAGUUAAGAAAUAAACAUAAAAGAAGAGUAAAUUACUUUAUCAUAUUCCUAGAAAUUGCUCCCUAAUAAUUGAAAUAAAUAAAUUAGGUUGUUACAAAGAAAAUCAAGUCUUUAGUUCUUCCAUAAACAGCAAGCAAAAUUGGAUAAGCUCAUUGCGAUGAAAUUGAAAGACAAUUAGAGAGAUUAAGCAGUGAUAAUGAAUCAGAAAGAAGUGAAUGUUGCGAUGCUCUUCUCAAAUUAGCUACCUUCCUCAUUAGAUAAUUAUCUAGCAUUAAUUAAUAAUGCCAUUAAAAUCCAGUCACUGUCAUUAAAAUCAAAGGAUAAAUCAAAGAAUUACAUAUCAUCUAAGGAGGAUGUGGAGGAGGACAAACUAUUGAUAUCCCCAUGGGAGGAUCUGAUGAAAAAUGUGAUAAACCAGAAACACCAACUAAACCUACAGAUCCAACUACUCCAGAUACUCCAACAGACGACCCAGUACCAGAUCCUGAAAAAGAAGAAGAAACAACAGAUGAAGAAACCACAGAUGAAGAGACAACAACUGAAGAAGGAGAAACUACUCCCCCAGGACCAGAUGCUGAAGAAGAAGGUGAACCAACACCACCUGGACCAGAUGCUGAAGAAGAAGGUGAGACUACACCACCAGGACCUGAUGCAGAAGAAGAAGGAGAAACAACUCCACCAGGACCUGAUGCAGAAGAAGAAGGAGAAACAACUCCACCUGGACCUGAUGCUGAAGAAGAAGGAGAAACUACACCACCAGGACCUGAUGCAGAAGAAGAAGGAGAAACAACUCCACCAGGACCCGAUGCUGAAGAAGAAGGAGAGACUACACCACCAGGACCUGAUGCUGAAGAAGAAGGAGAAACUACUCCACCUGGACCUGAUGCAGAAGAAGAAGGAGAGACAACAACACCAUCAGCUGAAGAAGAACUUUAUGAACCAGCUGAAGAAGAAGAAGAAUCAUUUGAAGGGGGUGAAAAAAAUAAUACAAAAGGACCAGGAGAUAUUCCAGAUGAUGGAGAAGAAGAAGGAUUCUUACCAGAGGAAGAGUUUAGCCCUGAAGAUGGACCAUAAUCAGAGGAAGAAGGGGCUGCAACUGAAGAAGGCACCCCUGCAGGUGAAGAGGAAGGAACUCCAGCUGGAGAAGAAGCAAGUGAGGAAGAAUAAGAAUAAUUAGUUCCUGGAGAAGAAGGCUUACCUGAAGGAGAAGAAGAAGAAAGUGAAUUCCCAGGAGAUAUCCCAUCAAAUAAGAAUGGAACUUCUACACUUCCUGAUUUACCUGAGGGUGAGGAAGGUGCUGAAGAAUAAGGUGAGGAAGGAGGUGAAGAACCUGAAAAACCUAGAAGUCGCGCAUCUAGACCUGCAAGAAGAGAAGAAGGAGAAGAAGGAGAAGAAGGUACUCCAGAAGGAGAAGAAGGUACUCAAGAAGGAGAAGAAGGUACUCCAGAAGGUGAGGAUGGAGAAGAAGCUGGUGAAGAAGAAGAAGGAUGGGUACCCGGAGAUAUUCCAAAAGGUAAAAAUGGAACAUCUACACUACCUGAUUUACCAGAAGGUGAAGAAGGAGCAGAAGAAGGAAGUGAAGAGGUUGGAGAAGAAAGUGGAGNUAAUGCCAUUAAAAUCCAGUCACUGUCAUUAAAAUCAAAGGAUAAAUCAAAGAAUUACAUAUCAUCUAAGGAGGAUGUGGAGGAGGACAAACUAUUGAUAUCCCCAUGGGAGGAUCUGAUGAAAAAUGUGAUAAACCAGAAACACCAACUAAACCUACAGAUCCAACUACUCCAGAUACUCCAACAGACGACCCAGUACCAGAUCCUGAAAAAGAAGAAGAAACAACAGAUGAAGAAACCACAGAUGAAGAGACAACAACUGAAGAAGGAGAAACUACUCCCCCAGGACCAGAUGCUGAAGAAGAAGGUGAACCAACACCACCUGGACCAGAUGCUGAAGAAGAAGGUGAGACUACACCACCAGGACCUGAUGCAGAAGAAGAAGGAGAAACAACUCCACCAGGACCUGAUGCAGAAGAAGAAGGAGAAACAACUCCACCUGGACCUGAUGCUGAAGAAGAAGGAGAAACUACACCACCAGGACCUGAUGCAGAAGAAGAAGGAGAAACAACUCCACCAGGACCCGAUGCUGAAGAAGAAGGAGAGACUACACCACCAGGACCUGAUGCUGAAGAAGAAGGAGAAACUACUCCACCUGGACCUGAUGCAGAAGAAGAAGGAGAGACAACAACACCAUCAGCUGAAGAAGAACUUUAUGAACCAGCUGAAGAAGAAGAAGAAUCAUUUGAAGGGGGUGAAAAAAAUAAUACAAAAGGACCAGGAGAUAUUCCAGAUGAUGGAGAAGAAGAAGGAUUCUUACCAGAGGAAGAGUUUAGCCCUGAAGAUGGACCAUAAUCAGAGGAAGAAGGGGCUGCAACUGAAGAAGGCACCCCUGCAGGUGAAGAGGAAGGAACUCCAGCUGGAGAAGAAGCAAGUGAGGAAGAAUAAGAAUAAUUAGUUCCUGGAGAAGAAGGCUUACCUGAAGGAGAAGAAGAAGAAAGUGAAUUCCCAGGAGAUAUCCCAUCAAAUAAGAAUGGAACUUCUACACUUCCUGAUUUACCUGAGGGUGAGGAAGGUGCUGAAGAAUAAGGUGAGGAAGGAGGUGAAGAACCUGAAAAACCUAGAAGUCGCGCAUCUAGACCUGCAAGAAGAGAAGAAGGAGAAGAAGGAGAAGAAGGUACUCCAGAAGGAGAAGAAGGUACUCAAGAAGGAGAAGAAGGUACUCCAGAAGGUGAGGAUGGAGAAGAAGCUGGUGAAGAAGAAGAAGGAUGGGUACCCGGAGAUAUUCCAAAAGGUAAAAAUGGAACAUCUACACUACCUGAUUUACCAGAAGGUGAAGAAGGAGCAGAAGAAGGAAGUGAAGAGGUUGGAGAAGAAAGUGGAGAAGAAGGUGGAGAAGAAGGUGAUGAAAUCCCAGAAGAAGACACCGAAGAAACUGCAGAUUAACCAGAGGAAUAAGAAGAAAAGUAAUUUACAUUAGAUAUAUCAAUAGAUGUUAAGAAACUGUUGAAAUUACUGCAACGAAUGCUGCUGACAUUAUGUGUGCUUUAGGAUAAUAUUUGAGUCAAUUGGCUCAUGGAGGAUCACCUUCUGAUAGUCCUAACGCUAAGAAAGUUUGCUUCUGCUUGAAAUAUGAACCAGGUAAUUAUAAAUUUUAAUUUUAGAUAACGCUGAUCCUUCAUUGCUUCAAUUAACUUAAAAGGUGAGCAAAAAAUAAAGAAAAGAACAAGAUGGCAUUUUGAAAGCAUUAAUUCCAAAUAGGAGAAUCUGAAUAUGAACAAACUUUUUUUAUUUAUUGAUCUAAAUAAAAAAAGUAAACUUAUCGAUC